AUGGCCGACAUCACCGACCAGCACGACCAGACGUCGCCGACGGACCUCGAUGACGCGCACUCGGUCGGCAACGGCAACGCCGCCGAGAGCCGAGGCGUCAAGCGCCAGCGCCCCUCGGCCGGCGACGACGACGACGACGACGACGAGAAGGGUGGCCGUGAGCGUCGAAAGAUUGAGAUCAAGUUCAUCAGCGACAAAUCCCGUCGCCACAUCACCUUUUCCAAGCGCAAGGCCGGCAUCAUGAAGAAGGCCUACGAGCUCUCCGUCUUGACCGGCACCCAGGUUCUCCUCCUCGUCGUAUCCGAAACCGGUCUCGUGUACACCUUCACCACGCCGAAACUUCAACCGCUCGUCACUAAGGCUGAGGGCAAGAACUUGAUUCAGGCGUGUCUGAACGCGCCCGAGCCUGCGCCCGGCGGCGAAAACGGCGUCGAUGGCGAUCAGGUCGAGUCCCCCGAGGAAUCGGCCGGCCAGCAUCUCCCUCCCCAGGGCGGCCGCCCCGGCAUGCCUCCGAACCCGCACAUGCCGGGCAGCUACAUGCCCAACAUGCCCAUGGAUCCCCAGCAGGCACUCGCGUACCAGAACUACGUGCAACAGCGAAACCAAGCGUACGGCUCGGGACUGCCACCCCAGCCCGGCAUGCCCCCAAACAACCACCAUCAACCUUGA